AUGUCUCGCAAGCGCACGCGUGCUCCGUCGCCGCCACUCGAAAACAUAGAUACGGGCAUCUUCCGCUCCGGAGAGGUCGAAGAUCGCGGCUCCACCUUCGUCGGCGUCUUCUCAGCCUCGGUGCCCGCAAAACAAUUGCAGAAGUUACCAGACUUCAAGGGACCGCGAGUUGCUGACUAUGCGAAUCAUAAGGUCGCAGCAUGGCGGAAGCCUUCGCGACAAAGAUCGAUCGUUCCGAAUGCUCCCCCAAUCAUGGAAACAGGGCAUGACGAUGACGGAGAGCAGUACGCUGGUAAGCGGCUUGAGAAAGUGCUCAAAGAUUUGGAGGUAGAAGGUAGUGUGGUUGUUGCGAGGUGGAUGAAAGGGGGCAAUAUCGGACCGAUUCGGUUCACGCAUAUGGAGACCGUCGCGAAACAGGCCGUGCAGAAGUGGCUGGAUGCUGUAGAGGAGGGCAAGCAAGCUGAGGCUCGAAAGAGGAAGAAGGUGGAAGAUGAAGCCGCUCUACAAGAACUCCGAGAUCGCCUGAGGUUUAGAGAUCAGAACAUCGCUACUAUGAGACAGUUGUUGGCGGACAAGACUGCUUUCCUGGCAGAUACAGACCCAGUACCGCCAACUCCGAGUAAACUACCUGAUUACGACACUAUGGAGAAACCAGGGUUAGACCGAAUAGCCAAGGCUAGAGACGCUAGUAUUGCCUUCAUUCUCAGUAAACUCGAAGACGUCGACGAGAAAUUGAAA